GCCGCUCCCCCUUUGUUGGUGGCGGCGGGGCCGAGCGCGGCGGGGCCGGCCCGGAAUGGGCGACCAGGGCGCCGGGCAGGAGUCUCUCCGCAAGAUCAUCACCACCCUCGCCGUGAAGAAUGAGGAGAUCCAGAACUUCAUCUACUCCCUCAAGCAGAUGAUCCAGAACGUGGAGGCCAACUCGGCGCGGGCGCAGGAGGACCUGGAGGCCGAGUUCGAGUCGCUCUACGUGCUGCUGGCCGAGCUCAAGGAGGACAUGGUGAUGAAGAUCAAGCAGGAACGUGCCAGCCGCACCUACGAGCUGCAGGCCCAGCUCGCGGCGUGCUCCAAGGCCCUGGAGAGCUCCGAGGAGCUGCUGGAGGCGGCCAACCAGGCCCUGGGCACGGCCAACCACCAGGACUUCUCCCAGGCGGCCAAACAGAUCAAGGAUAGCGUGACGAUGGCUCCGGCCUUCCGCCUGUCGCUCAAGGCCAAGGUCAGUGACAACAUGAGCCACCUGAUGGUGGAUUUCGCCCAGGAACGGCGCCUGCUGCAGGGCCUCGCCUUCCUGCCAGUGCCCAGCGCCCCCGAGAUCGACCUGGCGGAGUCCCUGGUGGCCGAUAACUGUGUGACCCUGGCCUGGAGGAUGCCCGAGGAGGACAGCAAGAUCGACCACUACGUGCUGGAGUACCGCAGGACCAACUUCGAGGGGCCCCCCCGUGCCAAGGAGGACCAGCCCUGGAUGGUCAUCGAGGGCAUCAAGGGCACUGAGUACACCCUGACUGGGCUGAAGUUUGACAUGAAGUACAUGAAUUUUCGGGUGCGGGCGUGUAACAAGGCGGUGGCGGGCGAUUUCUCCGAGCCGGUCACUUUGGAGACCAGAGCGUUCAUGUUCCGGCUGGAUGCCAGCACGUGCCACCAGAACCUGCGGGUGGAGGAGCUGAGCGUGGAGUGGGACGCCACGGGCGGGAAGGUGCAGGACGUCAAGGCCCGCGAGAAGGAUGGCAAGGGCAGGACAGCCUCCCCUGCCAACUCCCCUGCCAGGGUGGUGCAGUCGCCCAAGAGGAUGUCCCUGGGCCGUGGGGGCCGCGACCGAUUCACCGCAGAGUCCUACACGGUGCUGGGGGACACCCUGAUCGACGGGGACGAGCACUACUGGGAGGUGCGCUACGACCGGGACAGCAAAGCCUUCGGCGUGGGCGUGGCCUACCGCAGCCUGGGCAAGUUUGACCAGCUGGGCAAGACGUCGGCAUCGUGGUGCCUGCACCUCAACAACUGGCUGCAGGUCAGCUUCAGCGCCAAGCACAACAACAAGGCCAAGGCGCUCGACGUGCCCGUGCCCGACUGCAUCGGCGUCUACUGCAACUUCCACGAAGGUUUCCUGUCCUUCUACAACGCCCGGACCAAGCAGCUGCUCCACACCUUCAAGGCCAAGUUCUCCCAGCCGGUGCUGCCGGCCUUCAUGGUGUGGUGUGGCAGCUUCCAGGUGACAUCGGGCUUGCAGGUGCCCAGCGCCGUGCGCUGCCUGCAGAAGCGCAACAGCACCGCCAGCAGCUCCAGCCUGCCCUGAGCGCGGGCACGGCCCUGGAUGUGCCCCCAGCCCGCACCCAGCGCUGCCCUGCAGGGCUCUGCCACCGCCGGGGCUGCCCACAGCCCCCCACUCCGUGCCCCCCCCGUGUCACCGGGGCUGCUGCCCCCCCCAGCACCGAGAGCUGCUUCUGGCCUGGACAAUAAAUCGGGAUGUAGGUGUGA